AUGAAGUGGACAAUCGUACUUCUGAGCACCUCUGCAGCUCUUGUCAAGGCUCAUCACCAUGGCCACAAGCACCACCACCAUCAUCCCCCCGUCACCACAACUGUCACCAGACGUUGUGAUGCUUGCACAACAGCCACCCAAGUUGCCACACUCUACAUUCCCGACCCUACCACCGAGACCGUGGUCCGGGUCUGCACCACCACUGUUGUCGAUGAGGUGACGUCGACCCAAUGCAUCAAACAGACAGAGACAGAAACUGUCUACGUCCCGACUACUGUUGCCACUGGGGGCGGUGGUGGUUGCAAUGGGGGAGGUUGUGGUGCACCCAAGCCUACUUCGGCAUGCAACGGGAAUGGCUGUGGUCACCCCAAACCUGCUCUGGCUUGCCAAGGUGGUGGCUGCGGUGACCCCAACACAGAGCCUGCACCAGAACCUUCGUCAGAAUCUUCACACAAGCACCACCACCACCAUGGCCACAAGAAGCAUCAUCAUCACCAUCACCACAAGUGCCAUCACGGCUCUGAGAAGUACACCGUUGCUGCUGGCGAUUGCUGCUGGAAGAUUGCCCAGUCUCAUAGCAUCACCCUCACGCAACUGAGGGAGGAGAACUCUUGGCUCAGUGCUCAGUGCGAUUUGACUCCGGGUGAGACUCUGUGUCUGCCGUCUGAAAGCCAUCACCACGGCCAUCAUCACCAUGAUCACAAGCUUUCGGAGCGGGACGUAUCAGUGACUGAGUCUCCUGAGACAGAGACUCUCGUUGAUGAUGACGAAGAAAAGAACACCCUCGAUGCAGCAACGGUGGGCGAAGGACAGGAUGGCUACCGACCCGGCAUCCAGAAGGUGAAGAUGUCAUCGGCAACCCGCAGUGGCGUGUCUGCUCUCGCUGCUGUUGGUCUCAUUGGUGUUGCCGGUUUGCUUCUGGCUUAG